ACAACUAUAAACGAAAAAAGCAAAAUGGUACAAAACAAAUCAGUUAUCUUCAACGAAGUCCCAGUCGGUGAACCCGUCGUUGGCAAAACCCUCAAGGUCGUUACUGAGGAAUUCAACCUCGACCAAAACAUCCCAGAGGGUUCAGCUAUUGUCAAGACUCUCACUUUAUCGCUCGAUCCUUAUCAAAGAGGUAGAAUGCGUCCAGAGGAAAUUAAAUCAUACGUUCCAGCUUUCUCAAUUGGAAAGCCAAUUGACAAUGCAGGUGUUGCUCGUGUCAUUAAAUCAAACAGUGCCGACCUCAAGGAAAACGAUCUCGUCUAUGGUGCUUUACCUUUCUCAGAAUACGCUGUAAUCAGCUCAAAAGGCUUUUCAAAUGUUACAAACAGCCCAGCCAGCCCACAGACACUUGUCGGUGCUCUCGGUAUGCCUGGUCGUACAGCAUUCGCAAGUUUGGAAGCUUUAGUUGAGCUUAAAAAGGGUGAAGCAAUUUUCGUCUCAGCUGCCUCAGGAGCAGUAGGAGCUUUGGUCGUACAGAUUAGUAAGCUCAAGGGCCUUAAGGUUUUGGCCAGUGCUGGUUCUGAUGAGAAGGUAAAAUUCUGCAAGGAGAUCGGUGCAGACCAUGCUUUCAACUACAAAACCUCAGACACACGUGAGGAAAUCAAGAAAUUUGGCCCAAUUAACAUAUUCUACGACAACGUUGGAGGUUCUACAUUAGAAGCCGUUUUGGAUACGAUAGAAGACUUCGGAAGAAUUAUUGCCUGUGGUGCUAUCAGUCAAUACAAUGCUACUGAAGCAUACGGUAUUAAGAACACUUUCCAAAUUGUCGCAAAGAAACUUACUAUUAAGGGUUUCAUUGUCUUCUACCUUCAAAACCAACCAAGCAAGAACCCAGAAUUCUCUGGAAAGACUAUCGAGGACGAAUUCUUAGCAAUCAUGCCAAAACUCGUCACAGACGGUUCUAUCAAGGUUAAAGAGCAUGUAUAUGAUGGUCUCGACAGUACACCAGUCGCUUUCAAUGAUCUUCUCAAGGGUAACAACUUCGGUAAAGUUGUUAUCAAGCUUGAAUAAAUCCAUCGAGCGAACAGGUUUCAUACACGAUCUGCUAUCUAAGUUUUUGUAUAUUUUAUAACAUCUAUUAUUUAU